AUGGUCGAAGAAUCAUUUGUACAAAGUCAGGGGGUUAAGAUGCUAUCCCUAGUGGAGAAGCUCGAAGACCUCAAAGUUGAGCUUGACAAGGACACGUACAUUGAUUUGAUCCUUCAGUCACUUCCUUCGUCCUACGACCCGUUUGUUAUGAACUACAACACGAACGGACUUAAAAAGUCUAUUCAUGAGUUAAUUAAUAUGUUGGUCCAAUACGAGGCAAUGACCCAUAAGUCUACACCGGCAGUAUUGGUGGGUGAGUCUUCAAUCUCCAAAGCAAAAGACAAGAGGGCUGGAUACUGGAAGACAAAGAAAGAUAAAGGAAAUGCCAUUGCAGCCACUGCUAGCACUCUGAGCGCUCCUAUUACGCCCAUGGGAAUGGACAAAGGGAAAGGGAAGGCUGCCGAUUAUAAGCGAUUGAAGGCAAUUGAUGUCUUCAUGCAUUGCUAA